AGGCCAGUUUGAGGCUUUUGGGUAAGGCUGGACCAUCAGAACAUCUCGGAUCCUCAGAUUAAGUGUGUUUUGUGCUUCUCUGUCCUGAUUGGCUCUCGGGAUGACUUUCUGUCUCUGAACGCAUCACUGAAUCGUUUCCGCUCCUCGUGUUGAAGUGCCUUUCCUCCCCUGUGAGCAUGAGGAGGAAGCUGUGGCAUGGCUCCUUCAGUCCUCCUCCUGGGACUCGUCCUGAGCUCCGCCAGCGCUCUGCCUCCUCGCAUCUCCUUCCUCAUCGACUCCAUCGACCGACCUCUUGUCCAUUUCAGCCUUCCUGAUGUUCAGAACACCAACAUGCUGUUGCUAAGCGACGGUGUCUCCACCCUUUAUGUCGGGGCACAAGACACCAUUCUCUCAUUGGACAUCAGCCAGAGUGAUGUCAUCAGGCUGAAGAAGCAGGUGUCGUGGAGACCGACUGCGGAGGAGAUAUCCAAGUGUGGGAUGAAAGGGAAAAACUCACAGGUCGACUGUCCCAACUUUGUCCAUGUGGUCCAGCCAAUAAACUCCACUCACCUUUAUGCCUGUGGCAGCUACGCCUUCAGCCCUCACUACGCCUUCAUUGAUGUUGAAAGCUUCACGCUGGUAGAUCAGGGUGCAGCUAAAGGUCACUGUCCAUUCAGUCCCUAUGAGAGGAGCUCAGCCAUCACCAUCGACGAGGAACUCUACACAGCCACAACUUCCAACUUCUUGGGAAACCAACCACAGAUUUCUCGAUACUUCAGCAGAGGCAGACGUCCGGACGUCAGCUUGGACUCGCCCAUCAGCUUACUGAGUGAACCAAUGUUUGUGAGCUCCUCAUUUGAUCCAGAGCAGCAGAAGAUUUACUUCUUCUUUAAUGAAGUUGGGAAAGAAUUCCGUUUUACGAAUGAGCUUCGAACUGCUCGGGUGGCUCAAGUCUGCAAGGAUGAUGUUGGUGGAGUGAGGAUUCUGCAGAAGAAGUGGACCUCCUUCGCUAAAGCCACCUUGAACUGCCAGAAGCCCAAACACCCACCAUUCAAUGUUCUGCAGGAUAUGUUCACCCUCCAGCCACCAGAGGGCAGUGAGUCAUCAGAAACCGUGUUUUAUGGCAUCUUCACCUCUCAGUGGUCGACUCAGACGGCGUCGGCGGUGUGCACGUUCAGGCUGAAGGACAUCAGAUCUGUCUUCUCUGGAGCUUAUAAGAACAUAAAUACACUUCAGUUGGUUACCCAUCCCUACCUGGGAAAGUGCGGCUUAGCGAAUUCCUCCGAUUCAAAUUUGGCCGAGGUGAGGAAGAAUUUCCUGACCAGCAGGAGCGUGAAUCCUGUUGGACAGGUCGUUGUUUCUUCUGAGCAGAAGUACAGUAGAGUGGUUGUAAUGAGGACACAGGCAGCCAAUAGCCAACACUACAAUGUCCUCUUCCUUCUUACAGAAACCGGGUUUCUCCACAAGAUGGUUUUGCUGGAUCAGGGCCCUUGGAUCAUUGAGGAGAUUCAGGUCUUCACCCAACCUCAGGUGGUCCGGAGCAUGGUCCUUUCGGCCUCCAAGGGAGUCCUGUAUGUGGGGACGUCUGCGGGUGUAACGGCUGUGUCUGUGGCCAGGUGUUCAACCUACCAAAGCUGUGGCCAGUGCCUUCUGGCCAGAGAUCCUCUGUGUGGGUGGAGUCGGACCACGAAGGUCUGCACCAGUCCAGAUGCCCAUCAUCAGGACCUAGUUCAAAACCUGGAAAGCAGAAGUGUGGAAGAGGAUUGCCAGGAGGAAAACAAGCCCACUGAAGUCACAGCAGAAGUCGGCGUUCAUCUGAAUGAAGCUGUGAAGCUUCCAUGUGUGAAAUCUUCCAACCGGGCCUCUCUCACCUGGACCUUCUCUCAGAGCAGAAGUCUACCUGAGAAUCUCUUCAUCCACUCAGCUGACGGCAGCCUCAGAUUCCUGGCCUCUUCCAGGACGUCUGGGACCUACAGCUGCGAGGCGGAGGAGGACGGAUUCAGGGAAGUUGUUGUGAGUUACAACGUUCGGCUGUUUCCAAACCCACGGCAUUUACCCAGAACUGAGGUGUCACAAAGCCCAGAAGAAAGUUUCGAGGACAUUGAAACUCAGGAACCGACCCGAAGUUCAGAUUUCAUACAAGAAUUGGAGACAAAGACAAUAAUCAACAGGAAACAAGAUUCUAGAUCGGAAAACACAGAAGUUCCAGGAGACCACAUGACUGCAGAGGAUCUCUCAACCAAAAACAAGUCCAAUAAGGAAGGUUAUGAAUUUUCUGAACAUGCAGGAUUCAUUGCCAAGAGUUACCACAGCGAGCUGGUGGUGGUCUCCUUCCUGCUGGCCGCCUGCCUCUGUGUCCUGGUGCUGGGCUUCCUCCACACCUGGAGACAGAAAAAAACUGAUUCCAGAUCAGUUCUUCUGGAGGCGUCAGAGUUCUACAGUAAAACAAAUGCAUCUACAGAGAUCUGUUCACUGAGCAGUCCGGAGAAUGCAGGUCCUGAUCAGACUGUCACACAGUGACCCAUGACCCUUAAUCUAGGUUAGAAAUCAGAACUGUUUGUUUUUCUAAUCAGAACAACAGCUUUAUUCCAGCAAAAUGAGAAUUUAGAAAAAAGGAACUCGUAACACAUCAUAAAUCUAGAGGGUUUUUAUGCUCAGAUAUUUUAGCUAAAUCGAGGAAAACCUGAUAUUUUUAGUUCUCGGAGAUAAAUCCAUAUCGGAAUUUGCUUCUACAAACAAAUCUGUUACUGAAAUCAAUAAAACAGAAGAAGAAAAUAUUCAUUUUUAUUUUACUGAAAUAAAUUAUAUUGUCUGUUAGAUCUGUGACUAUUGAUUUUUGGCAACAUGUCUUCAGAAAACAUAAAAACUCAAAUUAAUAUUUUAUAUGUAAAUGUAUUUUAGUUUUUAUUUGGAUUACAGAAAGUUUUUAUUUUAUUUUAAAUAAAAUGUAUCUGUUGCUUUCAAGCAGAAUCUUAUUUUUAAAUAAUUAUUUUCUGUUAGAUUUAUUUUUGUAUAACUAUUCAGAUCCAUGAUGAAUACAUUUAAAAAGCAAUCUUGUUUUCUAAAAUUAGGACUUGAACCAGGACCUGGUUUGUUUUUUUAAUUUACUGAGAAUUAAUAUAAAAAUAAGAUUUAUAAAUUCUGAAUUACUGCAAGAAGUUUGCAGGUUUGAUUCCCAGCUGCAGCCAUUCUGAGUGGAGUUAACAUAUUCUCAUGCAUGUGUGGUGUUAGCUAAUUAUUUAUAUGUUAAUUGAGAUGCAAUUACCAUAAAUAUGAUUUCUGUGCUAACUGGCUCAUAUAUUAUAUCAUGUAUGUUUAUAAAACUGUUUUAAAAUCUGUAAAUUUACUGAUGAUGUUAC